AAGACAACCAGGGGCCUGCCUCUAGCCAGUGACAGGAUCUCUGUCCUCUAGACAUGGCUCUGGCUCCCUUUGAUCCCCAGCCCUGUGGCCAUGCAGGGGUGCAGACUGCCUAGACACUACCACCUGUAGCCUGUGACAUGACACUGACCCAGGCACAGAUGGCUCCUGCCACGGAUGCGAGGGAGAUGGUGUCCCCAGCUGUGGACCUAGUGCUGGGUGCCUCAGCCUGCUGCCUGGCCUGUGUAUUCACCAAUCCUCUGGAAGUGGUAAAGACCCGUCUGCAACUGCAGGGGGAACUGCAGGCCCCAGGCACCUACCCACGGCCCUACCGGGGUUUUGUGUCUUCUGUUGCAGCCGUUGCCCGGGCAGACGGGCUGUGGGGCCUUCAGAAGGGGCUGGCCGCUGGCCUUCUCUACCAGGGCCUCAUGAAUGGUGUCCGUUUCUACUGCUACAGCCUGGCAUGCCAGGCUGGCCUCACCCAGCAACCAGGAGGCACUGUGAUCACAGGCGCUGUGGCUGGGGCACUGGGAGCCUUUGUGGGGAGUCCUGCUUACCUGGUCAAGACACAGCUGCAGGCCCAGACAGUGGCUGCCGUGGCUGUGGGGCAUCAGCACCAGCAUCAGGGUGUCCUGAGUGCCCUGGAGACCAUCUGGCGCCAACAGGGCAUGCUGGGGCUGUGGCGGGGUGUGGGUGGGGCUGUGCCCCGAGUCACAGUAGGUUCAGCUGCCCAGCUGGCCACCUUUACCUCUGCCAAGGCAUGGGUUCAGGAUCGACAGUGGUUUUUGGAGGACAGCUGGCUGGUGACCCUGGCUGGAGGCAUGAUCAGCAGUAUAGCCGUGGUUGCAGUCAUGACACCACUCGACGUUGUCAGCACUCGGCUGUACAAUCAGCCGGCGGACAGAGCCGGCAGGGGCCAGCUGUACAGGGGCCUUGCUGAUUGCCUGGUGAAGACCUGUCAACAGGAGGGACCCCUGGCACUCUACAAGGGCCUGGGCCCUGCCUACCUGCGUUUGGGUCCCCACACCAUCCUUAGUAUGUUCUUCUGGGAUGAGCUGCGGAAACUGGCAGCGAGGGCCCAGCACCAGGGCACCUAGAUUCGUCCUUCAUCCCACUUCAUUCCACUGGCAUCUGGUGGAAUGAUGGCCUGCCUCAGAGCCAGCUUGAGUCAGGCCCUGCCACAGGUCAGGGGGAGAGCGGCGGGGCAUGUUGGACGACUGGGAUCCAUCCAGUCUCAGGACCAGUAUGCCCCGAGUCACCACCUCUUUGCUUCCUCUCUCUCCCCUGAGUUAACGUGCCUUAGCUCAUUCACUGCCACAGUAAUGCCUGCCUGUAAAGAUUCCCCAUUAAGAGAGCCACUCAGCUGCACUGGCCCCUCAGUCCUCCAGUGUGUGACCACAGGAGUCUCUCUCAGCAUAAGGAAACUGAGGCUGAGGGGAGCUGUCUCUCUGACUGGAGCCACAUACCUUUGCCACGACAUAGCCAGGACUGGAGUUCACCUCUGCCUAUCCCCAUAUGGUGCUCUCAACAAGGACAAGGCUACAUCAGGGCUACUGGGGUUCCUAUCUCUCAAAGGCCACUACAUGUGAGUACAUGGUUGUACCACAAAGGAGUCCUUGGUGUCCCCAGAGUCUAGUUGGCCAAGGCCAGUUAUCAAACCAAAUUCUGAAGCCUCGAUGGCUUAACAAAACAAAAAAAUUGUUUUCCUACCUUCUGAACCCGGAAGCCCGAGAAGGUAUUGACAGUGUUAGCAUCUCUCUUUGCCUUUCUUUCAGUUAUUUGUGGUGCAGUGGUGGAGCCAGGGCCUGGGCGUGUGAGUCACAUGAUCUGCCAGUGGUAUACCCCCCAGCCCAAGGCUGACUUCUCCCCAAGGUCUAAAAGUUAUUGACUUUAAAAUGAGCAGCUUUCUCUGAAUCAGAGUCAAAUCAGCUUUCCUCAGGCUGGGGACAUAGAUCAGUCUGCAGACUGCCCAUCCGCUGCUCACCAGGAGGCUCCGGGUUCCAUCCCCAGCACCGAAUGAACUGAUGGCACACGCCUGUGAUCUCAGCCCUGGGGAGGUAGAGGCAAGAGGAUCUGGAGUUCAAAAUCAUCCUCAGCUCCAUAGCUUCCGGUUUGCGAACAUCCAGAAGAGCUCAGGCCUAGGGAAGACGUCCACGUGGGUCACAGAGCAGAGCCACUGCAGGGCCAACGACAGACUCUGGGCCCUCUCUCCAGACAGCAGUCACACAGGAACAGGUGUGUAAGGCACCCAGUAGCCUUUCUACUAUGAAAGUGGACAUUCUUGGUCAGACACCUUCAAUCACCAACCAUAUCCCAAGAGGGAAAAACUACUCCAGUUGAACACUCCAAUAAAGUUUUAUAUUUUGUGUA